ACGAGUAUGAGGACAUCUAACGGAACGCGCGCGCGAUGGAGCCCGCGACAGCAGGAGAGAAGAAUGGAAGUCGUGUGGGUCGAGGACCGAUCGUAUCUGCAGUAGUCGCAAUCGUUCAAGGAAUUGACUAAGAAAACAUGGCUGCAGGUUGUUGUGGAACGAAAAAGCAAAAGCUGAACAAUUCUUCAAGUGUUCCUUGUAAUGGUUCAGUGUUACAAAAUGGCACACAGUUAAGGAACAGUGUAAUAGUAAAGCCUGAGAUGGGCUUCUUUUGCUUCGAUGUUCUUUAUUGCCAAUUACAUCAACUCGACCCUCCAAAACCGCCCAAUUUUAGCAACGAAGCAUUCCCAUUAUUUGUAACAUGGACUAUUGGAAAAGAUAUGAGGUUAAGAGGUUGUAUUGGUACAUUUAAUGCGAUGCAGUUACAUGCUGGACUUAGAGAAUAUGCAACAACCAGUGCAUUCAAAGAUUCACGCUUUAAUCCUAUCACACGAGAUGAACUACCACGUUUACAUGUAAGUGUUUCAAUUCUGAGACACUUUGAAGAUGGUAUUGAUUAUUUAGACUGGGAAGUAGGUGUUCAUGGAAUUCGUAUAGAAUUUCAUAAUGAGAAGGGUAAUAAACGAACUGCAACCUAUUUACCUGAUGUUGCAACAGAACAAGGAUGGGACCAGAUACAAACAAUAGACUCAUUGCUGCAUAAAGGUGGUUACAAAGGAUUAGUCACUCCAGAUAUUAGACGUAGUGUCAAAUUAACAAGAUAUCAAAGUGAAAAAGUUACUGUAAGCUAUCAAGAUUAUAUGACACACUGGCAUAGCCGAAGAUGCUAUCAGGAACAUGGAUUAGUAAUGACACAACGUAAUCAUCCUGCAUUUAUACAUCCUCUUCCAAUACCUCCUAUUUCUCCUGUCAUGUUACCUAUAUGGGAUUAUUCAUCAUUUUGGUGGGAUCAAACUAGUUCAUCUUAUCCUCCACCACAUUCGCAUCUUCAUCCUCCUCCCCGUGUUCACCGUUUUUCGUCACAAGAACCUGAUCGUGGAAUUCAAACCAUGGCAGCUGGUUGUUGUGGAACGAAAAAGCAAAAACUAAAUGAUUCCACCAGUGUUCCGCGUAACAAUACUGUAAGUUUACAAAAUAGUAUUCAUAUGCGGAAUUCUAUAAUAGUUCAACCUGAGAUGGGCUUUUAUUGUUUCGAUGUCCUUUACUGCCAACUGCACCAACUUGAUCCACCAAAACCACCCAACUUCAGUAAUGAAGCUUUCCCUUUAUUUGUAACAUGGACUAUUGGUAAAGAUAUGAGAUUAAGAGGUUGCAUUGGUACAUUUAAUGCAAUGCAUUUACAUGCUGGAUUACGGGAAUAUGCUACUACUAGUGCUUUCAAGGAUUCAAGGUUUAAUCCAAUAACAUUGGAAGAACUUCCACGUUUACAUGUAAGUGUUUCUAUACUUCGACAUUUUGAAGAUGGAGCAGAUUAUUUAGAUUGGAUAAUAGGUGUUCAUGGAAUUCGUAUAGAAUUUCAUAAUGAAAAGGGCAAUAAACGAACUGCUACAUAUUUGCCAGAUGUAGCAAUAGAACAAGGAUGGAACCAAAUCCAAACAAUAGACUCUUUACUACAUAAAGGAGGCUAUAAGGGGUUAGUUACUCCUGAUAUUAGACGUAGUGUCAAGUUAACUCGAUACCAGAGUGAAAAAGUGACUGUGAGUUAUCAAGAUUAUAUGACACGCUGGCAUGGUCAAAGAUGCUAGCAACUGCCCUGGGGUUCUAUUAAAGGACCCCUCAUUUGUUAUAUUUCUAAUAACAUUGAUAAUUUGAGUACAGAUACAUUUAAUUGUUGUUUGCAAUAUAUUAAUUAUCAAUGCAAUAAUAUAAUGGCCAGUCAAUAUGCAUUCAUUAUAAUAGAAUCUAAUUACUUUUUUAUGA